ACGUGCCGAGUGCGCUGAGCGAGUGGCGCCUGCACGCCCUGCGCUCUUCCACAGGCCGGCCAGGCGCCCGGGAGGCGGAGGCGGAGGCGGUGGCGGCGGCGGCCCAGGAGGCCGGUCUCGCGCGCCCGGGCCCGCGCUCCCGAGCGGAGGUCGCCGUUCGCCGCGCAGGCCGCGUUCCCUCCGCCCGCCCGCGGGGCGAUGCGGCCCUGAGACGCGGCCGCCGGCGCUCCGAGGUCGGACCCGAGGACGAGGAAGCGGCCGGGCCGAGGGCGGCGAGCCGGCCUGCCUGACGCGAGGGGCGGCGGGUGCAUGGCGCAGUGACGGGCCCGGCCGCGCCGCCCGCUCUCCGGCCUCGGGCGAGGCCGUCAGGCCGCCACCCCUCCUGCUCGGCCGCCGCCGCCGCCGCCGCCGCCAUGGCCAAUGACAGCGGCGGGCCCGGCGGGCUGAGCCAGAGCGAGCGAGACCGGCAGUACUGCGAGCUGUGCGGGAAGAUGGAGAACCUGCUGCGCUGCAGCCGCUGCCGCAGCUCCUUCUACUGCAGCAAAGAGCACCAGCGCCAGGACUGGAAGAAGCACAAGCUCGUGUGCCAGAGCGGCGAGGGCGGCCCCGGCCCCGGCCCCGCGGCGGCCCCGCUCCCGCCCCCCGGCCCCGCGCCGGCCCCCGCCGCGCCGCCGCCUAGGGCCGCUGGGGCCCGGCGGGCCAGGAAGGCGGCGCCGCGCAGGAACAGCGCCGCCGCCGCCGCCGGGGACGCGGCCAAGGCGAAGGCCCAGCCCGCGGCGGCCGCGUCCCCUCCUCGCGCGGCGCCCGGCGGCCAGGGCCAGGGCCAGGGCCGGGCAGCGGCGGCCGAGGCGGAGUCGGCGAAGGAGGAGCCGCUGGUCCGCUCGUCGCUGCUGCAGGAGAAGGCGAACCUGUACCCGCCGAGCAUCACGCCGGGCGAGGGGCUGAGCCACGCCGGCGGCCUGCGGCCCAACGGGCAGACGAAGCCGCAGCCCGCGCUGAAGCUGGCGCUGGAGUACAUCGUGCCCUGCAUGAACAAGCACGGCAUCUGCGUGGUGGACGAUUUCCUGGGCAAGGAGACCGGGCAGCUGAUCGGCGAGGAGGUGCGCGCCCUGCACGACACGGGCAAGUUCACGGACGGCCAGCUGGUCAGCCAGAAGAGCGACUCGUCCAAGGACAUCCGAGGCGACCAGAUCACCUGGAUCGAGGGCAAGGAGCCCGGCUGCGAGACCAUUGGGCUGCUCAUGAGCCGCAUGGACGACCUGAUCCGUCACUGUAACGGGAAGCUGGGCAACUACAAAAUCAAUGGCCGGACGAAAGCCAUGGUUGCUUGUUAUCCAGGCAAUGGAACAGGAUAUGUACGUCAUGUUGAUAAUCCAAAUGGAGAUGGAAGAUGUGUGACAUGUAUAUAUUAUCUUAAUAAAGACUGGGAUGCCAAGGUAAGUGGAGGUAUACUGCGAAUUUUUCCAGAAGGCAAAGCCCAGUUUGCUGACAUUGAACCCAAAUUUGAUAGACUGCUGUUUUUCUGGUCUGACCGCCGCAACCCUCAUGAAGUACAACCAGCAUAUGCUACAAGAGUGAGCAGCCAGCUGAGCAGUUUGUGGCUGGAGAGCAUAAGGAACCAAGAAUGGAAACUGGGAGCCUGGUCCAUACAUGACAGGUACGCAAUAACUGUUUGGUAUUUUGAUGCAGAUGAGAGAGCCCGAGCUAAAGUAAAAUAUCAAACAGGUGAAAAAGGUGUGAGGGUUGAACUAAAUAAACCUUCUGAUUCAAUCAGUAAAGACGUCUUAUAGAGAGACUUUGAUCCAGCAAUACCCUCCGUCACCUCCAAUGAUUGCUUGUCAACUUGUGACUACACAUAAGUGGGAUAAAGAAGAAGAGCCAACCAGUUGGCAUUUCAGUAAGGAAACAGAAACCACCUUUUUGUGUUGCAUCAGAAAGAAGAUUUGACCGUGUGGCUUUGUACUGCAUGACUGACUGCAAACCUGUGAUUGCUUAAGGAAGAAUAUAAGCUACCAGCUGAGAAUGGUCUCCACACCUGGACAUGAAUGAGUGCCCUAGGUAGCAUUGUUUCAUUCUUACAUUUUGUCAGAUCUGCCAUCUAGCUGAGUUCAGUUCAUCUCUCCCUUUUUUAUAUAGUCAAGUUUGAAUUUGAAGUAAUUUUUGUAUGAUCAGGUACAAUUUAUCAAAACUGAAUUGAGAAAAAAUUACAGCAUUGUCCCCCAAAAUAGCAUCAAUCUAUUUUUGUAAACCUCUUCGUACUAUUAAAUUUUGCCCUAAAAGA